AUGGGGGGCAAGUCUGCUACCAAGGCCGCUUACUUCGAGAAGCUCAAGAGCCUUCUCGAUGAAUACGCUACCGUCUUCAUUGUCGGUGUCGACAAUGUCAGCUCUCAGCAGAUGCACGAGAUUCGUCUGAGUCUCCGUGGCGAGGGUGUUGUUCUCAUGGGAAAGAACACCAUGGUUCGCCGUGCCAUCAAGGGCUUCGUCACCGACAACCCCGAGUACGAGCGUCUGCUCCCUCACGUCCGCGGCAACGUUGGUUUCAUCUUCACCAACGGCGACCUGAAGUCCACCAAGGAGAAGAUCCUGGCCAACCGUGUCGCUGCCCCCGCUCGUGCUGGUGCCAUCGCCCCCGGCGAUGUCUGGAUUCCCGCCGGUAACACCGGUAUGGAACCCGGUAAGACCUCUUUCUUCCAGGCUCUCGGUGUCCCCACCAAGAUUGCUCGUGGUACCAUCGAAAUUGUGUCCGACCUGAAGCUCGUUGAGGCUGGCACCAAGGUCGGUCCUUCCGAGGCCACCUUGCUCAACCUGCUGAACAUCUCUCCCUUCACCUACGGUAUGACUAUCCAGCAGGUCUACCAGGAGGGUCAGACUUUCAGCGCUGCCGUUCUGGAUAUCGAGGAGUCCCAGCUUCUCGAUGCUUUCACCUCGGCCAUCCAGACCAUCACCGCCAUCUCCCUGGCUACCAGCUUCCCCACCCUCCCCGCUGUCAUGCACUCUCUCGUCAACAGCUACAAGAAGGUUCUCGCUGUCGCCAUCGAGACCGACUUCAGCUGGCCCGAGAUUGAGGAGCUCAAGGACCGUAUCGCCAACCCUGACGCUUACGCUGCCGCCGCUCCUGCCGCCGCCGCCGCUCCCGCUGCUGGCGAGGCUGCCCCUGCCGCUAAGGAGGAGGAAGAGGAGGAGUCCGACGCCGACAUGGGCUUCGGUCUCUUCGACUAA